UUGGCGUUACAUGAAUUCGACUCUAAUUCUCAGUAGACAAGACAUUUAUUACUACAGUCGAAAACGAGGGUCCGACGCAAGUGCCACAUGUCAAAGUCCGACUCGCGGCAGGUUGUGACUUGUCAUAAUGCAAAGGAAGAGACAUAAAAGUCCAAAAUAAUUAAGAGCCCUAACCAACCCAUCCCCAGCCACUCCUCCAACCGCCACCCCCCUCUCCUCCGGCAUAAAUACGCCCUCUCCCUCUUCCACUCUCUCCGCCACCGUCUCUCUCUCUCUCAAAUUUGUCUCUUCCAUUCUCUCCGGCGACAAUGUCGAGCCGCGUGACGCCGAUCACGAAGCUGACGGCGGUGUCGAGCAAUCCGAGCGGGUCGGGUCGGGUGUACCCGCUGACGGCGGCGGAUCACGCGAUGGGGACGCACAGCGGCGCCGUGGUGUUCUACUACGGCGAGAAUCCGUUCGGGUCGUUCAUAUUGGACCCGAUGAGGGAGUCGCUGUCGGAGGUCCUGACGCUGUACCCGACGGUGACGGGUCGGAUGAGCCGGUCGCCGGAGGGGAACUGGGCGGUGAGGGAAAACGACGCCGGCGUGCGGGUCACGAUGACGAAGGUGGGGGCCACCCUCGACGAAUGGCUGAGAUCUGCCGACGCGGCCGAGGAAGCAGAUCUGGCGGCGCUCGAGGACAUGCCGGAGGAUCCCUAUAUAUGGUCGCAUUUCCGUAUUCAGAUAAAUGCAUUUGAAGGAGGAGGUGUGGCCAUUGGAGUGAGCUUCACUCACCUGAAUGCAGACCCAACUUCUGCAACUCUCCUCUUGAAAGCAUGGGCAGAUACUCACCGAGGAGAAGGCGUUUUGCCACCGCUACUCACCCGCCCAACCUUCCCGUCCUCCGGGGACGACAAAGAAGUCCCUACAAAAUCAACUAGUUGUUACUAUGACAACAAGUCCAAAGCCACCCCUUGUCAUGUCAAAAUGGCCUCAGUUACCUUCAAAUUCUCCAACUCAACCAUAAGCCAAUGCUUAUCAGAAAUAGAAGGCCACUGUCCUGAUGCCACCCCAUUUGAUUUGCUUGCUGCACUCUUCUGGAAGCGGGUCCUGCACAUAAAGGGUCUGAAAAACGAUCAAAAUUGUUCACUCUCAAUCUGCACUGACUUCAGGAAGUUGUUCGAAUCUCCACUUUCACAAAGGUACUACUUUGGCAAUGCUCUACACUUCUCACAACUUUCAAUAAAACCCGAAGAAAUGGAGCGAUACGAGUUGGGACACGUCGCGGGUUUACUACACUGCCAUGUGCAGAGGCUCGCCGAGGAGGAGGGGCAGAUUUGGUCCACUAUGGACUGGCUCGAGUCACGAAAGGAAAAGGGCGGGAAGUACGCACCGCCUUUCCAGAUGUAUGGCCCAGAGUUAACCUGCGUCAGCAUGGAACACAUGGUGAACGGAAACGAGCCGUGGAUGUAUGCAACAAAGUUUGUGAGGGAUGCAAAACCAGUUCAUGUGUCCUGUAAUGUUGGGAAUGCUGAAGGAGAGGGAUUGAUGAUGGUCAUGCCUUCAAAUGAAGGAGGGCAAGCAAGGAAUGUGAUGGUGAUGCUGCCAGAGAGGGAGAUGGCUGAGCUUUGUGAGGAUGAAGCCAUAUUGAGCUUGAACCCAACAAUGCUCCUUGGUGGAAGCCAGGCUUAACAACCUACUUAUGCUACUUGCUUUUCUUGUACUUUAUAAAGUAGAUUAAUAUUUAUCUUUGUCUAAAUUCGUAUUUAUGUACCUCGGUUCGGUUCUUAAACAACUUAGUUCGCGUUAUGGGUCAAGAGCUGGAAUGUAUUGAAAUUAAUGAGAUAUUUAGGAUAGAGGUUUUUCAUUAAUGAUGCAAAUACAUGAUCAGUGUUCGUAAUUGUCAA